GUAGAUAGCUGAGCAAGCUGGUCUGGCCGCAGUCACGUUCACUGCUUGGCAACGCUGCUGCCUCCCUGCUCCCGCCUGAGCUCAGCCGUCACUGCGCGCCGGAUACGUAAAGACAUGGCUCUGAAAGCGUCCAUGAACACCUUCAUUUGGCGCUGGCCAUCCAGGUUGCAUAUACACGCUACGCAGCGACGAUUGGUCUCUAAAGGACUUUUCGUCAUCUCUGACGAAGUGGCUGCUGCACUAAAUGAUGUCCGUCCUGUUGUCGCCCUGGAGACAAGCAUCGUAACCCAUGGAAUGCCUUACCCUGAAAAUAUCAGUGUGCAGAAAGAGCUAGAAGACAUCGUUCGAGAGCAUGGUGCAGUCCCCGCAACGGUCGGCGUUUACUGUGGGAGUCUUCACGUUGGUUUGGACAUGAAACGCCUGGAGCACAUGGCGGAAGUGGGAACUAAGGCAGCGAAGAUAUCACGACGCGACCUGCCUGCUGCUCUCUCGAAGGGCCUCUCCGGGGGAACCACAGUGUCGGCAACCAUGGUCGCGUGCAACCGGGCUGGAAUACAACUGUUUGCUACAGGAGGCAUCGGUGGAGUGCACAGGGGUGGAGAGUUCAGUUUGGACAUAAGUCCGGACGUCAUGGAACUUGGUCGCAGUCCUGUCACUGUAGUGUCGUCCGGAAUCAAGUCAAUCCUGGACAUAGGCCGCACGCUCGAAGUCCUGGAGACCGAAGGCGUGUGCGUGGCAACUUUCGGGGAGAGCCAGGAGUUUCCAGCUUUCUUCGCCAUCCGCAGCGGCCAUCGAGCACCCUGGCGUGUUGCUGACGCCACCGAGGCUGCUUCCCUCAUAGAGAGCCGAAAUGCCCUGCACCUCGACAGUGGGGUCCUCAUUGCGGUUCCGAUUCCGAAGGAAUUCGAAGCAGACGGACAAGCCAUUGAAGAGGUCAUCCAGCUCGCUGUAAGGGAGGCGGAGGCAGCUGACCUGACAGGUAACGCCGUAACGCCUUUCAUCCUGCAGAAACUAACAGAGCGCACCGCGGGUGCCACUCUUCGAGCUAAUAUCGCCUUGGUCAAGAACAACGCUGCUGUAGCAGGAGAUAUCGCCAGCGCUCUCGCAAAGAUCGAACGAGAAAACAAGCGAGGCAGCCUUUUUCGUCCAUCGAUUCCACGACAUCCGUACCCACCGGUAGCUACACCUUGAAAAUGCAUGUUGUGAUAAAAGUUUUCCUGUGCCCA